GGCUUUAGGGCUCUGCCCCUUGCUUUUGGCUCUCUCUCUCUCUCUUUCUCAUUCUCUCUCGUGCUUUGAUCUCUGCUUAACAACAGUAACGUCACAGGGACUAUACAGGAGAGUUUUGUUGGAAGUUAGAAAGUUUUGCAGCCUCCAGAGGGCUGUAGCGGCAGUAGCAGAAGCAGCAUCCAAGGGACUCCUGGAAGGGGAAGAGAGAGAGCGAGCGAGCGACUGACUCAGUCCUGCUGCAGAGAACUGACUCGAGGCGACGGAGGCAGACAUGGAACAUCAGCUGCUGUGCUGCGAGGUGGAGACCAUCCGACGAGCCUACCUGGAUGCCAACCUCCUCAAUGACAGGGUGCUGCAGACAAUGCUCAAGGCGGAGGAGACCUGCUCGCCCUCCGUCUCCUACUUCAAGUGCGUGCAGAAAGAAAUCUUGCCAUAUAUGAGGAAAAUAGUUGCCACUUGGAUGCUGGAGGUUUGCGAGGAGCAAAAGUGCGAAGAGGAAGUUUUCCCCUUGGCUAUGAAUUACUUGGACAGAUUUUUGUCGUUUGAACCCCUCAAGAAAAGCCGGUUGCAACUGCUCGGAGCUACCUGCAUGUUUGUGGCUUCAAAAAUGAAGGAGACUAUUCCUCUGACCGCAGAAAAACUGUGCAUUUAUACAGAUAACUCCAUUAGACCCGACGAAUUACUGCAAAUGGAGCUGCUGCUGGUGAAUAAGCUGAAAUGGAAUCUGGCCGCAAUGACCCCCCACGAUUUCAUUGAACAUUUCCUCACUAAAAUGCCUCUGGCAGAGGACACCAAGCAGAUCAUCCGUAAACAUGCUCAGACUUUUGUGGCUCUGUGCGCUACAGAUAUUAAAUUUAUUUCAAACCCACCCUCCAUGAUCGCAGCUGGCAGUGUGGUAGCAGCUGUGCAAGGCCUGCAUCUGGGGAACACUAACACUUUCCUCUCCUAUCAAUGCCUCACACAUUUCCUAUCACAAGUUAUCAAAUGUGAUCCGGAUUGUUUACGAGCCUGCCAAGAACAGAUCGAGUCCCUCCUUGAAUCCAGUCUACGUCAGGCACAGCAGCACAACGUAUCUUCAGAAACAAAGACUGUAGAGGACGAAGCAGAUCUUUCCUGCACGCCCACUGAUGUGCGAGAUGUGAACAUUUAAGAGGACUUCUUCUUCUUCUUCUAAUGGAUUUGCUUGGCAAGAAAAGUAGACAAAAAAAAAAAGAAAGGGCAUCUGAGAAGGAAUCGGCGUCAGGAUCUCCCCCCCAGAAACCCUUUUCUCCAGGACAUUUUUAUACCAGAAGGGAAAACCAGUUCUUGUUAUAUUUUUUUCCUCGCUCUGUCUCCCUUCCAUCUGUGACUUCAAACAAACAAAAUAAAACAAAAAGUACCCCAAAAACUGUCUUAAAAAAAAAAAAGAAAAAAAUAGUAUUUGCAUUACCCCCAGGGGUUUGUGCUACAAAAAUAGAGGAUUUUAUACAAUAAUAAUCAACUAGUUUUUAUAUUAAAGUGUUCUUGUCUGUAUGUUGUAAAAAUAGGCAUUAACACACAAAAUGUCUCCAGGGGAGGUAUUAGAUUUGAUUUCUUACAUAUAAAACCAACCAACCAACCAUUUUUAAAGUAGAAGAGGGUUAUUUUUUUUUUUUUUUUUAGAUAGUAAAUGAAAUAUUCUUUUCCUUUAAAAAGCAUAGCUUUAACGCAGUUCUAGGCUUUUCUGUAUCUUGCUUGCUUAUGCAUUUAGUCACUUUAUAAUUCAUCUGUAAAUGUUUAUUUUAUUUCCUUAGGUUUUUUUUUUUUAUCCUCUUCACCUUAUAAAUGGUUAACGUAACCCAUAAGUUAGUCUAUGUUAGUAUGCAGCAUUAUUAUAUGUUAAUCUUUUUUUUUUUUGUGCCUGUGGAUUGCCUGUGCAUAAGGCAUUUGUAGGGUUCCAGCUGAGCAUUGUUGGGAAAGGCCAAUGUACUACUCACACAGUACCCUAUUAUAAAGAGAAACCGAAAUAGUGACAUAAUAUAUUAUAUUUUUGUAAUCUUCCUAUUUUUGUAGUUACCUGUGUAAAAAUGCUGGUCUGACCCCACAGAUAUUCAGCCUAAUUAUGGUCAGGUUCAAUCCACAGUUCAGUCUUUUUUUUUUUUUUUUUUAUUUUGUUUGUCUGUAAUAUUCUAAAACCAUUCCAUUCAAAGCACUUUCAGUCCAUUAGAUAUAGGAAUUACAUUCUUUUAUUGUGUGGGAAUUUUAUUUUUUUUUUUUUUUUAAUGGAAUGGUUUGGAAAUAUAUAAAGUGCUUGUUGCAAACUUGGAAUUGCAAAGCAAGUGCAUUUAACUAUGGUGUUAGAGGAGAAGUGAUUUUCUUUUCCGAAGGUUGUGUUCCAGUGAGAGAAAUUGCAUUCACAAAUUGCCAGGAUAUCUUCCUAUCCUUUUCUAUAGAAAAGCUGAAGUUUAGAAUCCUUUGGUGCCAACUCAUCUUUAUAAAUUUAGGGGCCUUAAAGGUUCACAUAUAGGACACGUAGUUUUAAGGGUUGUCGCUAGAUGUUUUACAACUGAAGGUUUUUAAACACUAAAAUAUAUAAUUUAUAGUUAAGGCUAAAAAGAAUAUUUAUUGCAGAGGAUGUUCGUAAGGCCAGUAUGAUUUGUAAAUUAAUGCAAUCGCCCCUUUUGUUUUUAAAAAAAAAAAAAAAAGUGAAAUCUUUCUACCCUUGAUGUUGCAGUUUUAACACGGGCUUAUUAAAGCAAAAAGGACACGCUUCAAAGAACAAACCCCAAACCAAGCAGUGCAUUUGGCCCCUUCCUUUCCAUUUUCAAAAGCAGUCUAACCAUGGAAAAAAAAAAACGCCAUAGUUAAUAGAUAUGAAAAUUGGAGUACUUGAAAGAAGUUUUUAUACCAGUAUAUGCCCCAUUAUUUUUUUUUUUUUUGAAAUUUAGCUACGAAUAGAAAAUUUGCACAUCUUGGCUAUGUAUCUUUUUAUUAUUAUUUUAGAAAGUAGCUGAAGGGACGUGGACAUAGCUGUUGAAGUUGAUGCUCGAGGAGAAUGUGAUGGUGAACUGUAUGUGAGAAAACUGCCGCUAAGGUGUUGAUUGUAAAAAAAGAAAAAAAACGACAAAAAAACCCAACAAAACAGCAAAAA